AUUAGCAAGGCAGAAAAUUGCCCUCAGGCUUCAUUUGAACCAGCCCCUCAUAAAUAUUUUCCAUACAGCUGAAGCAUUCACGGGCUCCAUCCUUUCCCACUCACAUGAAUAGAGUCAUUGGAAAGGAUCCUGCAAAUAAAAUGUAGAUAUUCUUCCGGGACUACAGAGGGUGCGUGUAUAGUGAAUAGCUGCGCAGAUCAUUAUUUAAACGCAGUUGUUAUAUGUUGAGUUUACAUAUAAUAUCUGAAUUAUUUGCGAAGAAAUAUUUUAGGCUGCUGAUCUAAAAAAAAAACGCUGUCCUCUGCCCAUCUGCCUCUUUUAAUUACAAUAAUAAAAGCUAUUCCGAAAAGGCAUUGACGAGGAAGGCUUUUGAUUUUGAUUAUACUUAUCUUUUCAGUUAGCGCGUUGUAUUCCCUGCCAAGCAUUGGCUGCGCCUCUCAGAACGAAUCGGUCGCAUCUACGCCUUGCCACUGGGGCAUCUGCUGAGUUGAAUUCGUUACACAGCAGCGACAGGCGCAAGCAUAGACGCGAAAAUUGAAGAAACGACUGGUUUGGCCUUAAGCCACGGGUAAAACAUCAGACCACGUUAAGAGCAGAGAACGUGGUUCAUGUACAGGAAUAUUCGACGCGCUGGUUGUAACCAGAGUGGGUCAAAAGGAUGGGAUAUGUCAACAAAACCGUCAAAAGAUACACGUUCUUGCUUUGGAUUGCCUGUUUACUGCUUCUUGUAGAGGGUAAGAGAGCGAAGCAACCCAGGUGCCCAUCAUAUUGUACGUGCACCAAAGAUAAUGCCCUGUGUGAAAACAUAAGGACGGUUCCUCGCAGCUUUCCUCCAGAUGUCGUUUCAUUGUCUUUUGUGAAAUCUGGAUUCAAUGAAAUUGCUGAAGGAAGCUUCGUACACACACCAGCCCUGCAGCUCUUGUUAUUCACAGCCAAUACUUUUGAUUCUAUAAAUGAAGAUGCAUUCCUUGGUCUACCCCAUCUGGAAUAUCUGUUUAUUGAAAACAACAAAAUCAAGUAUAUCUCACCAUAUGCUUUCCGAGGCCUAAAAUCUCUUAUACACUUGAGCCUGGCCAACAACAAUCUCCAGUCACUCCCCAAAGAUGUUUUCAAGGGCAUGGACGCUUUAACAAAAGUGGACCUUCGAGGAAACAUCUUUAAGUGUGACUGCAAACUCAAGUGGCUAGUGGAAUGGAUGUAUAACACUAAUGCUACUGUCGACAAAAUCUUCUGCAACAGCCCACCACUGUACCAAGGGAAGAAAAUCAAUGACCUUGUGCCGCAGUCAUUCGACUGCAUAACAACAGAAUUUGCUGCUUAUCAGUCCCUCAAGUUUGAGUCCAUUUCGGUGGAAUCCUUUUCCUUUGGUAACGAUCAAUAUGUUGUCUUCGCCCAACCCUUUGUGGGAACCUGCAGUUUCCUGGAGUGGGACCAUGUCGAGAUGGUCUUCCGAAAUUAUGACAACAUUGAAAGCACGUCCACUGUCGUUUGUAAACCCUUGGUCAUCGAUAACCAGCUCUUUAUCAUAGUUGCCCAACUGUUUGGUGGCUCUCACAUUUACAAGAGGGACAUAUCAGCAAACAAGUUUAUCAAAAUCCAAGACAUCGACAUUCUGAAAAUCAGGAAGCCCAACGACGUGGAGAUUUUCCGCGUCGAUGGCGAGUCCUUCUUCGUCAUCGCGGACAGCUCCAAGGCCGGCUCCACCACAGUGUACAAGUGGAACGGUAAUGGCUUCUACUCCCACCAGUCCCUCCACCCGUGGUACCGGGACACGGACGUGGAGUACCUGGAGAUCGCCAACAAGCCCCACCUGAUCCUGUCCAGCAGCUCCCAGCGCCCGGUCAUCUACCAGUGGAACAAGAGCCAGAAGCAGUUCGACUGGCGCACGGACAUCCCGGAGAUGGAGGACGUGUACGCCGUCAAGCACUUCAAAGUGAAGGCCGAGCUGUACAUCUGCAUGACCCGCUUCAUCGGCGACUCCAAGGUCAUGAAGUGGGACGGCUCCAUGUUCACCGAGAUACAGACCAUGCCCUCGCGUGGCUCCAUGGUGUUCCAGCCUUUUGCCGUCGACACCUGGCAAUACGCCAUCCUCGGGAGCGACUACUCCCUCACCCAAGUCUAUCGCUGGGACGCCAAGAAGGGACAGUUUGUCCACUUUCAAGAGCUGAACAUCCAGGCGCCGAGAGCAUUCUCCCUCGUUUCCAUUGACAACCGUGAGUUUUUGCUUGCUUCCAGCUUUAAAGGAAAAACUCAGAUUUAUGAACACCUUAUGAUUGACUUAAGUAAUUGAUAGACGCAGACAAGGCAUGUGUUGAAAAAGCAGUUGUACAGGCUGCCCUGGAUAGAGUUGGACUUGGUGUCGGACGAUAUGCAUGAUAAAGCCCACUAAUAAUACUUCCAGAUGAAUGCCUUGCUAGAAAUGUCUGUCUUUUUCUUUUUUGUCAUCAUCUGUUCCAGCGCUUUUGAAAAUUUCUUUUAAAAAACAAACAAAAAAAAACAAAAAACAAAAGCCAUUGUUAACGUAUUCUCUGCAACUACAAGCCGUACACACCUGUGCAAUCACAUCUGUUAUUGACAAGGGAAAAUAAAGAAAAUAUACUUUUUAAUCUAUUUAUUAACCUGUUUGGAAGAAGAAAACAGUCUGCCAAAUAAAAUGUUUACAUUUUUUCUGUCUUUACAGUUGUGAGAAAAAAUAUUUAUAAAUGCUUUUGUAAAUAAAAAGGGACCAUGCCAGAGAGAAAUCUUUCAUAUGGAGAUCGACUCAAUUUUAAAAUCACCUAAAAUAUUUGUAAUUUAAUAAUUUAACAUGUUGCAGUGCAAACUUAGAUGUUGUUG